AUGGCGGAGAAUCUUGUCAAUUUUGACAGCUCACAAAUACUUUUAGAAAAUACAGUACAGACAAGUAAUUCGAUUACGAAAACAAGUAAAAACACCUUUUCAUACAUCACUGGGCAAUGCUUGCCACUGUAUAUAAACUGUCAAUUAUCAGACGACGUUGCACGAAAGUUGAAAUCGACUCAUCCACCUGGAAGAAGCCCUUUGCUACAUAAUAUUGCCUCUUCAAUAAAGAGGCAGCUGACUGCAGGAAUCAGUGUUAAGUGUGACAUUCAGCCAUUAAAUGACCAACGUCCAUGUUUGGCCGAAGACAGAGAAUGCAGCUGGAAUAGCUGCCCGGUGUUCUGUAGUACAUUAGGAAACAACACAUCAAAAGAAAAAGUGAAGGAAGCACAACUGUCCGCAGACAGAACGUUCUACCUUUUACCAGUGAAUUGUCAUAUACCUGAGCUACCACUACAAUGUCGUAAGGCUUUACUCACAGUAACAGUGCGGCCAUGUAGCAGGAAUCUUCCAGUGUGGCUUAGCAGUCCAACUAAACCAGAGGCCAGUGUCCUCGACAUUCAUGAUAGUGAAGGCAAACCAGUCUAUGGGAAAAAAGAGGAGAUAACAUUGCGGAUCAAGCAUCCCCCUGUGAUGUUCUGCCAGCUGCAGUCCCCUGGAAAUAGACACAUGGUAUUCUUGAAAGUGAUAAACCUAUGUUCAUAUUGCGUCAAGUUAAUUGACUGUACCAUUAUACCUAAGUGUGGUCCAAAAUGUUCACGAAAACAUAUAAACAAGGAAACCUCACCAAAAAGCAAAGGGACUUGUGUUGUCCAUAGCAACCUGAUCAAGGACAUGAGUUGGGCUGCACAGCUACUUCCAGCAUGUCUGUUACCAUCAGAAGAGCUCUCCCUCUGUGCAGAACUAGACUUAACACAACUUCCUAGCGCUUUCUCAAAGGAGGAGAUGGCCUUUGAAGCUUGUCUCAAGUGGAGCAUACAUGACAGUAAAGGCAAGGAUCGGGAUGGUUUGGGAGUGGUUACCACAUAUUACAGGCUACCAUCUGUGUGUGUUAAGAAGGGACUGUUCAUUGUAUCGGCUGUGUGUGAAACCCAGCCUGUGAACCGAGGGGAAAGAUUUGAGGUUACAUUUUCCAUAAAGAACAGUCUUCAAGAUUUCCUCUCAGUUAAAUUGAAUUGGAACCCUACAUUUGCAGAUGGAGACAAAGAGAAAUGUGAUCACCUUUUGCGAGGUUUACUUUGUGAGGAGCCAUGUGUUGAACUGGGCUCCUGCAUGUAUGGGGAGACAACAUCAGCAACUGUAGCAUUCCUGGCUCUGCGUCCUGGAGUAUAUGAGGUGUGUAAGCAUAUGAAGUUGAAUCUGCGAUAUCUGAUCCCAGGCUCUGACAAUUCCUCCCUAGCCAGCCGUAACAGUCUGGCAUCAGUGCGGUCAGAUGACCUCCAGCUAUUAAAUGCCCCAUUUGAGAACCUGUGGAGGUCAAGAAGUGGGAGUCGGUCAUCUUGUGGGGAAAUGACCGGGUCAAGACAGGAGCUCAAAAUGACCACUGGUCAGAAAUCUCUAUCUGUCUCAGAUCUUGGACCCGGCUCUGUGGAGGAUAUGUUUAAAGUGACAGGGUCAUCCCAAAGAUCACCCAUGCUACAAAAACGUGAGGUCCAGGGCUCGAACCUUUCACCAGCCCAGUAUGAACAGUUGCUUUUGAACCCGGGAAACUUUAUCAAGAAUAGCUGUGUCGUAAAAGUUGUGUGCCCUGACUAGCAACUUGCUGCAGCAGUGGUGAUGUUUAUAUCUGAGACUGAAAACUUGAUGCAUUGUCUGAGGGAAUUAAUGAAUGUCUGACUGAUUCUUUUACUGUGUAUUUAUUAAAUUUGUUUUCUUAUCUAUCUAUGGUUGUAUGUUAUUCAAAUCUUGCAAUUGUGAAAGUACAGUGGGAUAACCCAUAAAAGUAGUGGGGAAGCCCUUUAAAGUACAAUAGGAUAGUCCAUUAAAUUGCAAUUGGACAGCCUAUGAAAAUAAAAUUUGAUAGCCCUUAAAAUUGCAAUGGGAUAACCAUUAAAAGUAGUGGGGUAACCCAUUAAAAUACAAUGGGAUAUCACAUUAAAUUACUAUGCAAAGCCCAUUAAAUUACAAUGGAUAGCCCAUGAAAUUAAAAUGGGAUAUCCCAUAAAAGUACAAUUGGAUAGCCCAUAAAAGUACAACUGGAUAGCCCAUUAAAUGACAAUUGGAUAGCCCAUGAAAGUAUAAUGAUCUUAUUUCCAAUGGGGUCGUUGUGGUUCUGUUGAAAAGACAGCAGAGGGGAAGAUGUAGUGUAAGAUACACAGGUGUUCUGGUGAAUUACACUCUUAUUUCGAUUAAACUCCUUGGUUAAAUGAAUAAACUCCUUGGUUCUUUAACGUGCCGGAUGUAAAGAUCUUUUACACAGCUUUUCUUUGUUCAACCAGUGUUGAGUACUUCAAGUCCCCCACACAAGUAGCGCAGCUGAGCCAGUAGAUAACAGGGAACAUCAUUAUUCAGAAUUAAAUUUUACUGCCAUAAGUUCUAAAAUGGUCUCUAUGCUGUUGUUGCUGUAGAUGUUCUUGUUUUUUUGUGUGAAAAAUAUUGUCAAAAUUGUUUCAAAUAUUAA